AUUCUCUAGUAUCUUCUCACUGGUACCAGAGCCGGUCUUUAUCUUAAAAGUUUCUUUCUCUCUUCUUAUUAUUUUGUUUCCAGUUUUUACUUAUUAAGAGAGAAGACCAGUUCGUGAUACGUGAUAGCUUUGCUUACAUUUUUUAUCUCCUAUUAUUUUUGUCAGAGCAUCUUUUUGUUUUUUCUUGUCAGAAAAAGUUUUGAGAUGAUAUUCUUUUUUAUAACUUGAGAAACCACAGCCCCACAUCUGCUCCCACAAGCUCGUCUAAGUGCUUCGGUUCUUUCAAAAAAAAUUAUUAUUUAUCAAGCUCUACAAUAAGAGCACGUUUAUUUCGUUUCUAUAAAUUUAUGGGCGUAGAUUUUUGGCCAAAAAACUCAUUUCCAUAGUUUUUCACACAUAUUCUAGAAAUGAAUUUUUUUUUUUGAUUCACUCUUAAAGCAAGGCCCUCGCGAUCCUCCGCCGCCUCAUCUUUGUCGGCGUGCUCGAUCCUCCGCCGCCGCCUCCUCCACCGCGUGCCUCCGCCACCUCCUCCUCCACCGCGUGCCUCGACCGCCUCCUCCUCAGCUGCAUCUACAUCUGCACCAGCACGUGUUCCAAAACACUCUUUUAAUCUUCGUCCUAAUCGUUCUCAGAAACGUGCAGAGCGAUAAGGCGAUGGAGUGCAAUCACGAUCCUCUGUUCCCACUUGAGGCCGCAAUACUUCCCAUAAGCUUAAACCCGAUGCUGAAUAGGGUGAGAAGGCAUGGCCUCUGUACCUCAAUAAUAGGGGCCGCCCCAUUGGUGACUAUGCUGAGAAAUGGGGAAAGUUUGUGGUGGUGGAGAGCCGUGUGUACUGCAAAUAUCCUCUCCAUUUAGAAUGGGGUGAUGAACAUAAUAGGUCAUUUGACGAUUUCUUUAUAAGAUGUCAGAAAGAUUAUGAGUUUCUCCCCGUGGAUCCUAAUCAGCCUCUCUCGGAUCAUAUUGUUUAUCGAGGAAUGAAGUCUCAGCUGCAGAAGAGGGUCCGAUAUAAUAGGUGUCAGGUAAAACAUGAGUGUUAUGAGGUGUCGAAAAAUACUCCCGAAGCAGAGAGGGAGGCUCUCUGGCGUACUCCGGCAUUUUCUUGGAUUGAUAAAGACUCAUGGGCUACAUUGUGCACAUAUUAUGAUUCAGAGGGCAAGAAGGAGGAGGCAAGACGUAAUGAGCAGAAUCAGGUGUCAAAUUUGCAUGGUAGAGCAACCUAUACAGGUGGCUCGAGGAACAUGUGUCGGGCUAUGGAACAAUUAAAAUGUCAAAUUAUUGAGGAUGGUGGCACACCUACAAUGUUGAAACUAUAUUUGGGUACCCACUCGUCAUCGGUAGAUAAGAUCAGCGGAGAGUAUACAUACCCGGACAACAGCACUAACGAGUAUUGCGAGCAAGUCAUCGAAAAGGCAACAUCAUCAGGGGUCAAUUCAACCCCAGAGGAUGAUGCAUUUUCUUUCACCCCAGAGGUCGAUUCAACCUCAUCAGGAGUCGAUGCUGAACUGAUUAUCUUCAUCGGGAGUUUGUAUCUGAAUUGUAUUUGAACUCCGUGUGCGGGAAAUAUAAUUAUCCCAAGCCUGAUUUUGGCAAAAUUUGUCUAGUGUUGACUUCCGCUGCGGCGUAAAUACUGUUUAUACUCAUACGUAGAUGGAGUUUACACAGUUUAAGCUCUUAAGGAGUUGGAGCAUGAAGGAUUAGUUUAUACUCAUAUACUUCUCGGAGUUCGGAAAGAGAAAGCUAAGAAUGCAUCAGAGACUCGUUUGGUUGAGCUCUUUAUGUGAGAUUUGAUUAUAGGACCAGUCGUUGGUGCUGAUACAACUACUAUCUCUGAAGCUACCCCAGGUGCCCGAGUCACGAGACCAACUGAUGAACCUGGUGUGUCAGUGAUUAUUAAAGUAAUGUUAUGACAGAGGAGGUUACCAAGGCCUUGACUACCACUGCAUACUCCACAAAAGUUGAGAGCAAAUUUGUCAUCUCGAGCCGCUUAUUAUAGAAUUUUUGGCAAACCCUUAGCCAUCAACGGAUUUGAUGAGUCUUUAUCGACUACAGUUUGAAUCGAGAUAGCAUGCAGAUUGUCUAAGU